CCUCGCCCUUCCUGUUCCCCGUUGUACCCCCUCCCCCUUCUCAUCAAUCAUCAGUCAUUAUCCAAUCCGUGACGCGUCAUGAAUCCCGGCAUUUUGUUGAACUUUUUUUUCGCUUUCCCCUUUUUCUCCACCCCACUCCCCAUGGCAAGUCCAGUUUGGGGAGGUUCCAUAUCUUCCAUUCCAUGUUCCAUUGUUUUUCCAUAGCAUAGGUGCCCACUAUUCUUCUCUUUCUGCCUGUCCAUCCGUCUCUUUGUUCCUUACACUCGUUUCAUCAGCGUCGUGUUGAAGGGGAACAGGACUUAAUCAAGCCAUAGACGGAGAGAGGGGAAGAAGAGAUACCACUGGACUCGAAACAAUGGCCCGCUACGAGUCCCUUCAUGGGAAUCAUGAUGAUGAGGAGGAGGAUCAUGUGACACACAAUGAGGUUGGAGACCGUGAUGAGGAUGACGAGCAGCGGCAUACUGAAAGUUCGAGAAGUUCAAAAUCAUCCUAUACGGCAGUCGAGCAAGACGAUGAAGAAGGCAAUGCCGCCAGUAGGGCUGUCUACGCCGCACUCUACGGGGGAGGAGGAAGUCCACCUUCGGGAGGCCCAGUCCAUGUCAGCGGCGAUCGGCAGACCGGGACCGGAGACGAUCAUCACCACCAACUCAACACUCCUCCUCCGGUCCUUCAACACCCCGGGCCUUUUGAUGCACCACUCAUCCCCCCGAAAAGCCCAGCCAGAAGCACCAACAACAACCCGUUCUUGUCUAACGUUAACGUCACCAAUAACAUCACCGCUACCACCACAUCGACGCCAACGAGCAAUCAGCAGGCCACCGACCACCAAACCCAUGGCUCAGGGUCCUCCCGGAACGCAUCUGGAGAGCCAGGAACAACAAGCCGCUCAGCCUCCCGCGACAGCACCAACUACGUGAACCAGUACUCCCGCUCAUGGAAGCCCAGCUACGGGCUACCACACUCACGAGACCAUCAUCAUCAUCAUCCAGGGCACUCGCCAUUCUCGCCACUGCCAGAAACCGCAGAAGUGGAAGGGGACUAUCACCACCACCACCAUCACGGCCACCACAGGGAUGAUCAUCACGACUACCAUGAUCAUGAGCAUGACAGUAGUGAUGAUCCUCAUGAUUUGGAUCAAGAUGAUUACAUCAUGUACGAGAAGGAGACAGGAGGCAUGGCGACGACACCGCGUGGCACUGUGACUGGUAGAGGGGGCCCUGGGACGGGAAGCUUCAAGGAAAAAGGCGGCAAGGGCGGUGGCAAGGGCGGGAUGAGGAAACUAAUGCUGGUGGAGAGGACCGACACGAAACGGGGGAGGGGAGGAGGAAGGGGGAGACGAGGGACGGAGAUGAGUGAAGUCUCGAUUGAUGCGACGGAUUCAAUAUCAGUCAGAGGGCUGCCGACUCAUGGCAGCGGCGGCGGCGGCGGCGGCGGCGGCAGUGGGUCUCCUAGUGCUCUGACUCCUGGUGUUGUCGGUGGUGGGAUGAACAGGAGCGAGCAACAUUUGUCGUACUUCCACUUUGACUCGACGGAGACGUUGGUGCAGAGUAAGCAGAGUAUGCUUGGGUGGUGGCUUGAGGGGCUGGGGGUGUUGGGAGGAUUGUUGUGUAUUGUUGUCAUCGGCCUAGUCCUAAGCGUCUACGACCACAAACCUCCACCAUCCACCUGGCCAGGCGGUCUCAACCUCAACGUCUUUCUCUCCUUCAUGACCACCCUCGCCACAGCCUGCUACAUGAUCCCCGUCAUCGAAGGCCUCGGCCAGUUGCGUUGGCUUCGUUAUACCGGCGGACGACAGACCGUAUCCCGCCCAGCAAGCGACUUUGAAGCCAUCGACCAGGCAUCCAGGGGACUUCACCACUGCUGGAAAUUACUUGGUUUUCAAGGAGGCCCCCUAGGCAUCCUCGCAACCCUCAUCACCUUCCUAACCCUCUUCACCCCCUCCCUCACCCAACUCCUCAUCGUCUACCUGCCCCCCCAACCCCACCGCAACAACUUCGGCGAACCCUUCGACAGCAACCGCUCCGCCGUGACGCUCGUCCGCAUCAACUGGUCCUGGCUCUCCUUCUUGCUCGUGCAAGUUCUCUUGUCCGCCAUCUUCCUCACCACCAUCAUCGUCAAGACGCGCAUGGAAGGCAUCCAGAUCUUCAAGAGUUCUGCGCUACCGGGCAUGACGGCUUUGGAUGGGCAGGCGAGGAGUAGCUUGGGCGGCGCCAUGAUGGGACAAGGGGGCAUUAUGACGAGCGCAGCGUUGGGGGAACGGGCGAAGAAGACCAUCCUGAAGCUGGAGAGGAGUAGUGGUGCGACGGGCGGAGGGGGGAAUUAUGGGUUGGUACAAGGGUUUGUGGUUGAUUCAAGUGCGGGCUCGAACUCAGGCUCCCAUGGAUCUGGGUCCGGGUCGGGGUCUGGGUCUGCGGGGAUGGGGUUGCGUAUGCCAAAGGGACUGGGAUUAGGUCUGGAACGGUUCCGUCAUCAUGAUCACCAGGUGCUGCCUUCGUAUGAUAAAGAGGGAGGCGGAGAGGGAUACGGGGCACAUCAAGGGUUUGGCAAUGGCCCGGCUGAGAACUUGAGCUUCCCUGCUGCUGCCGCUGCGGCCGCUGGGUUUACGCCGCUGCCCAUGCCAAUGUCCAAGGCGAAGCCAAUGCCGAUAUCGACAACGGUGCCUGCUUCAACGGCACUGUCGGGGAGGAGAAAGAUGAGGUUUGGCUUAUUCGGAGGAGCAGGGAGGGAGAAGCUGAAAGUGAGGGGCUCACCUGUUCAUGCCAGUAAUGGCGGCGGGCAAUUUUGAGUAAUGGGGCUUGGUUAACAAAAGCAAG